AUGGUUCAAGUAUCGAAAAUAACGAAAAGAAGAAAAUCUAUAAUGAGAACUACUAUUAAAACUAGAAAUUUUAAGAAUUCUCACAAGGAAGCUUUUUUUCAAACUUCGAGAACUUGGCGUUUUUCACUAAAUAAUCCAAAGAAUCAUAAAGUGAUCCGAAAGCCAAGGAAACAGGAAACAAACCAAUCAAAGAUCAAAAAUACAUCCAAAAAUGAUAAAUCAAGAAUAAUACAAGAAAUAUAUGAAAUGUUUAAUGAAACAUUCAAUGUUGAUGAUAUCGAUGAUCUUGAUGAUCUUGAUGUAGAAAUGAGUGAGAUGAAUGAUGAUGUCGAUAACGAUAUUGAUGAAGAGAUAGUUGAUGAAGAGAUAGUUGAUGAAGAGAUGGUCGAUGCUGAAGAUAAUAAUUGUGAUAAAUGUACUACUGAUGUACAUGUUGAUUUUAAUAAAACAAGUGUAGCAAAUCAAGUGACAGAGAAUGACACAAGCAGCAUCGCUCAAUCCCUUGAUCCCCUUGGCCCAUGCGGUGGAGUAUCUGAUACAAAAGACAAAGGGGUAAAAUAUGAUUUUAUAUGUGAUUGUUGCAAAUCCAAAUUUAAAAUCCAAAUUUUAUUAUCUAUAUAA